CAAAACUAACAAAAAAAAUGGCUUCCUUUCUGGGGGUUUUGGGACCAAGACCGAAGCAGGCAUCGCUGCUCUGGCUCCGUGGUUUUAGAGACGCUUGCUGUCUCCACAGGGUCCUCAUCUACUGUUUCAGUUCUAAACAGCUUGCGAUACGAACUGGUCAGUGUUUUCUCUUAAACGGCUUGAUUUUCUUAGGAAGUAUCUUUAUCGUAAACUCUGUUGUCAUUCCAACACUACAAUGGAUAUUACCUGAUCAAUGCCCACAUUCUGGUUCUCAAAAAUUGUGCUCAUCUGGUGGUAUUUUAAAACUUUACCCAUUCUUACGUCUUGGAUUUCUACAACUCUUCUAUGAAAUUUAGCUAUAAAAGUUCACUUCGACCGUUACUCAUUACUUCAUUUGAUUAAUCCUUACAGGUA